AAAAGGAAUUGGUAUUGAAGUGACCCUUAAAGUUGUAGAAGUAGAAAUUAUUAUAGAGUGUUAUUGCGGAAUUUUCAAAUUCAUUAAAAUGAAUAUUGAAGAUACUAAUUUUAAUGAAGACGCUUUGCGCAUGAUCACAAGUGAAAAUAAAAAGAUUAUGUAA